GCGGAGCAUCUGGAGGAGUGCUGGCCGGCUGGGGAGGUGGAGGACGGGGAGAGAAGAGGAAGGAGGCUCCGGGAGCGAACGAAAACGAAAAGGGUCAGGCCUGGGACUUGGCAAAACGGGAGAGUCAGCAAACAGAAGGAUCACCGGGUCAUUUGAUUUUUGGUUCCUUUGAUUUUAUUUUUAUCUGAAGCUUCUCAUAUUUUCACCCAUAUAUACAUAUAAGACUCUUGGCAAUGCCGUCCAACACUGUUGCCACUGCCAACGUCGCAUUCAACACCUCUGACUAUUGUGAAGCACCUGGAAACAGAAUGAGCGAGAGCACAAUGGCGGAGGAGAAGCCAGCCAGAAGUAACCCUGCCUGUAAGGACACUAAGCCAGGAAGGAAACGCAAGGCUCUCUCUCAGGGUGAGGCCUGUGGCUCUCAGAACCAGGAGAGCGCGGGCGGGGCGGAACGUCAGUCAGUGGCGCAGGUCCACAACGGAACGGUGGGCGGUCGCGGGGAAGGGAAGGUUGACGCUCGCUGUCCCAGGCAGGAGAGGCCAGCUCCGGAGAAUGGGAUCCCAGCGACAGAGCCUGCAGACGGGCCGGAGGACCAGAGGGUGAGCCGCCCCCAGGAGAACGGACACCCUGCAGGCCAGGAGCAGCAGCAGGCCCAAGAGAAGGACCAGGACCACACGCUGCCCAGCCCACACAGGAAACGAGGGAGACGGAAACUGGAGCGCCCCACUAAAUAUGUGGAGCAGAACGAGGAGGAUGGUCGAGACGCUGUCAAAAUCGAGGGGGACCGCGGGAGGCUACGAAGGGGAGAGGGCUGGGAGGUCAGCCUGCGUCAGAGGCCCGUUCCCAGGGUAACUUUCCAGGCUGGCGACCCCUAUUACAUUAGCAAGAGGACCAGAGAGGAGUGGCUGGCCAAGUGGAAGAUGGAGGCAGAGAAGAAGGCCAAAUUGUCAGUGAUGAACGCUAUGGAGGACCAUGAGGAAGUGGAGGCCCAGGAGCCCCAGAAGGACGAGUUGCCAGUAAUCACACAACCCCUGACCCCCCAACCGCCAAAACAGGCUCAACAGCCUCAUCAACAUCCACAACAACAACAGCCACAACAGCAACAGUCACAACAGCCACAACAACAGCCACAACAACAGCCACCACAACAGCCACAACAACAGCCACAACAACAGCCACAACAACAGCCACCACAACAGCAACAACAACAGCCACCACAACAGCAACAACAGCCACAGCCACAACAACAGCCUACUGACCCCGCCUCACCCACCAUAGCCACCACCCCUGAGCCUGUGGCCAUCAGAGGAGAAGACAAGACAUCCCCAAAGUCUGCAGACACGGAGCCAGAGUAUGAGGAUGGGCGAGGCUUCAGCAUCGGGGAGCUGGUCUGGGGGAAGCUGCGUGGGUUCUCCUGGUGGCCCGGGCGCAUCGUGUCAUGGUGGAUGACCGGACGCAGCCGUGCAGCUGAGGGAACCAGAUGGGUCAUGUGGUUUGGUGACGGCAAAUUCUCAGUGGUCUGUGUGGAGAAACUGAUGCCUUUGAGUUCCUUCUGCAACGCCUUUCACCAGCCAACCUACAACAAGCAGCCCAUGUACAAGAAAGCCAUCUACGAAGUUCUUCAAGUGGCGAGCACCCGAGCAGGCAAAGCCUUCCUAGCUUGCCCUGACAGCGACGAGACGGACACCUCCAAAUCAGUGGACAUGCAGAACAAGCAGAUGAUUGAGUGGGCCAUGACUGGGUUCAAGCCCACAGGUCCUAAAGGCUUAGAGCCCCCCGAAGAGGAACGCAACCCAUACAAGGAGGUGUACCCUGAGAUGUGGGCGGAGCCAGAGGCAGCGUCCUACACGCCCCCUCCUGCCAAAAAGCCUCGCAAAAGCACAGUGGAGAAGCCUAAAGUCAAGGACAUCAUUGACGAGAGGACAAGAGAGCGACUCGUGUCUGAAGUGAGACAGAAGUGCAGGAACAUCGAGGACAUCUGCAUCUCCUGUGGAAGUCUCAGUGUUUCCCUGGAGCACCCUCUCUUCGCUGGGGGAAUGUGCCAAAGCUGCAAGAACUGCUUCUUGGAGUGUGCGUACCAGUAUGACGACGAUGGCUACCAGUCCUACUGCACCAUCUGCUGUGGAGGGAGGGAGGUGCUCAUGUGUGGAAACAACAACUGCUGCAGGUGUUUCUGUGUGGAGUGUGUGGACCUCCUGGUUGGGCCGGGAGCAUCUCACGCUGCUAUAAAGGAGGAUCCGUGGAACUGCUACAUGUGUGGGCAGAAGGGCGUGUUCGGGCUGCUGGAACGCCGGGCCGACUGGCCCUGCCACCUCCAGCACUUCUUUGCCAACAACCACGACCAAGAUUUUGAGCCACCUAAGCUGUACCCCCCGGUCAUGGCAGAGAAGAGGCAGCCCAUACGGGUGCUGUCACUGUUUGACGGCAUAGCAACAGGGCUGCUGGUGCUGAGGGAGCUGGGCAUCCAAGUGGAGCGCUACGUGGCGUCGGAGGUGUGCGAGGACUCCAUCACGGUGGGCAUUGUGCAGCACCAGGGCCACAUCAUGUACGUGGGCGACGUGAGGAAUGUCACCCGUAAACACAUACAGGAAUGGGGUCCAUUUGACUUGGUGAUCGGAGGUAGCCCCUGCAAUGAUCUCUCCAUCGUCAACCCUGCUAGGAAGGGCCUUUAUGAGGGCACUGGUCGUCUGUUUUUUGAAUUCUACCGGCUGCUUCACGAGGCUCGGCCGAAAGAGGGCGACAGCCGUCCGUUCUUCUGGCUGUUUGAGAACGUGGUGGCCAUGGGCGUGAGCGACAAAAGGGACAUCUCUCGCUUCUUAGAGUGCAACCCGGUGAUGAUCGACGCCAAGGAGGUGUCGGCGGCUCACCGCGCUCGCUACUUCUGGGGCAACCUUCCUGGCAUGAACAGGUUGGCGAGAGAACGACCCCUCUCGGCCAUGUGUACCGACAAACUGGACCUCCAGGACUGCUUGGAGCAUGGGAGGACAGCUAAGUUUGGCAAAGUGAGGACUAUCACAACUCGCUCUAACUCUAUAAAGCAAGGCAAGGACCAGCACUUCCCAGUCUUCAUGAAUGAGAAGGAGGACAUUCUCUGGUGCACUGAGAUGGAGAGAGUCUUUGGGUUUCCUGUCCACUACACUGAUGUAUCCAACAUGAGCCGACUGGCCAGGCAAAGGCUUUUGGGAAGGUCAUGGAGCGUGCCUGUCAUCCGCAACUUGUUCGCACCGCUCAAAGAUUACUUUGCCUGUGUUUAGAUGUUGGGAAGAAUAGUCUGAACCUUCACAACAUUUUACUGAUGUUCUACCCAGAAACCAGAUCCUUGAGAUUAUACACACAAGUAUAAUUCACAAGUAGAAAUUUCACAUUAUUUCUUGUAUUUGAAAUGUAAUUCCUAUUCUAUUUAAUUUUAUAUGUCAUUUUACCUUUUAGCAGUGUUAUCCAGUAUUUUUUUAUUGAUUUAUUUGUGCAAGCUAUACUUGAGACAAGGCUUUCUUCUCAAGGCACUGAGAAAGAUGAAAACACAAUCUGUGCGUUUAAAAAAUACUAGGUUUGUCUGGCAAAUAUCUGAAAGAUAGGGAUUUUUAAGAUACAUAAUGUAUGUGGAAUAUUCUGGCUAUGACAGCAUGAGGUGAGCUAUGAAUUCCACCAAUAAUGUAGCAAUCUUCUAUUUCCUCCAGCUACUGAGCCGAGAGGUGAGAAGGAUUUGUUUUUAUCAGUCUCAAGAAAGCUGUGUCAAUGAAUCCAAAAUCCACCAGAUCACAUAUACCUCUUUGUUUACAGUUUAUUUACACAAACUGAAGGUGAAAAAGGUACUACUGUAAAAUGGUUACAAUACCAUGGUGCUCCAAGAUGAUGAGAACAUCAUAGCCCAUGUGGCACGACAAUUUAGACAAGAUGGCACCUAGAAACCGUUGCCUGAAAACAUUUAUUUUUAUUUCAGUGUGACGUUCUCACACUGUGAAAGUUAUGUGCGAUAUUUAAUUCCUUAAAAAGUUGAGAAAUGACGGUUGAGUGUUGACUGAAAGAGUAUGCCAUAUCCUCUUUUCUAUGUUUUACAGCUUUUACUAAAAAAGCUGUACUGGUGCUUUUAAUCAUUCAGCCUUUCCACCCUCAGGCCCACAUCCUGUGUGAUGCACAAACAGAACAGGAAGCUAGCCACAUGGGCAGUGGUGUUUUCUGUCAUUCCCAAAAAAAAAACACAAAAAAAAAAAAACCUCUGUGAUCAACGUUUGGGGUGAACUACUACUUUCUAGGUUCAUCCUGACCUCUG